GCCUUCUUUCUCCUCCUGCAUAUCAAGACCCGGGGAGAAAACGGUCAAAGCAUACCUCGCUGCACACACACGCAUAGCGGGUUUUGCUAACCUACGCAUCCACGAUUCCACUCCCUUCUCCACUAUCCUACGCACUCACGAUUCCAUUUUCUUCUCUUCUUCUUCUUCUUCAUCUCACUCACUACCUUACGCAUUCACGAUUCCAUUCAUAUCUUCUUCUUCAUCUAAUCCUCAACAACAAUGGUGCGAUACAGCUGGAUACUACUAUUACAGUUACUGCUGUUGCUUGUCGUUACGCGUCUCUCUUCUGCAAUGGCAGCUUCAGCAGGUUGCCCAUUAGAUCUAAGUGGCUCUAAUAUUACACGAGCUGCCGUAAUUUGUUCGGAACCAGAAUCUAGAGCAAGUUGCUGUCGUUAUAUCAACGCCCUUAUUGCAGUAUCUAUUGCUCGUUAUGCAAACACAACUAACAGCCUAGGUGUUUCUCCCGAAAUAUCCAAUACAUGUCUCCAAAAUAUAUCCCAAACUUUAGAACUAUAUGGAAUGACAAAACGAGCUUCAGCAUUUUGUGGAUUUGGGACGAAAAUUUCCGCUAAUUACGAGUGCCUUGGAAUGACAACAGUCAACGAGAUGCAGCAAUCUCCCAAUUUUUCCAACGUGACUCUAUAUUGCAGCGCACCGUUAGGAGAAGAACGUUGUAAAAAGUGUAUAAAUGCUGGAAUUUUGUUUUUGAGAAAUUUAGUGAAAGCGGGGGAUAAUAUGACAUUGAGCAUUUGUAGGGAUGCAACGUUUGUUGCUGUUGCUAGCCAAGUUGAUGAUGUUGCGGCUGUUGACCUUGCUAACUGUUUUUUUGGAGUUCAAGGACUCAGUAGCACUCCUGUUAUUACAGGAUCAUCUCCCCCUAACUUUUCACCUGCUUCAUCUCCAAGCCCGUCUGUUUCUGUAGGCCCAAGUCAAUACUCUUUGACCAUACCUAGAACUACUAGACACCAUUCCUACCAUCUGUCAUUGGUUCCUGUUGUUGGCAUUGCAGUUACAGCACUAGCCACUAUGAUGCUGGUAUUAAUGGUUUUCCUUAUUCGCAGAAAAAGCAAACAACUUAAAGAACAUGAGAUGACGACCGAUAAAACCUCAAUGGAAAGAUAUUCUCAGCCAACAAAGAAGUUCCAAGAAGUUUAUGCAGGUCCAUCAUCUAUGUUAACAAAGUUCAGUUAUAAAGAAACUAAAAAAGCAACCAACAAUUUUAGUACGAUUAUUGGACAAGGGGGAUUUGGGACUGUAUAUAAAGCUCAAUUUAGUGAUGGUUCAAUAGUAGCAGUAAAACAUAUGGAUAAAGUUUCUGAACAAGCUGUAGAAGAAUUCUGCAGAGAAAUUUUGCUUCUUGCUAGGCUUCAUCAUCGUCAUCUUGUUGCCUUAAAAGGAUUUUGCAUUGAAAAACACGAAAGGUUUCUCAUGUAUGAAUAUAUGGCAAACGGGAGCUUAAAGGAUCAUCUUCACACUCCAGGUGUGGCUCCGCUGAGUUGGCAGACACGAAUUCAUAUUGCAAUUGACGUGGCAAAUGCUUUGGAAUACCUCCACUUCUACUGUGAUCCUCCUCUGUGUCAUAGAGACAUCAAGUCCAGCAAUAUAUUGCUUGAUGAGAACUUCGUAGGAAAGGUUGCAGACUUUGGGCUUGCAUAUGCAUCUAAAGAUGGAUCCAUUUGUUUUGAACCGGUUAACACAGAGAUCAGAGGAACUCCUGGUUACAUGGAUCCCGAAUACUUAGUCACACAAGAACUAAAAGAAAAAAGCGACAUCUACAGUUACGGGGUUGUGCUACUAGAAUUAAUAACCUCGAAACGAGCUAUACAAGACAACAAAAACUUAGUAGAGUCAUGCCAACCCCUAAUGACAUCCGAAUCAAGAUUCAUAGAGCUUGUGGACCCCGCAAUCGGAGACACCUUUGACUUUGACCAACUUCAAACCCUAGUCACACUUGUCAAAUGGUGUACCCACAGAGAAGGGCGGGCUCGUCCUUCAAUUAAACAGGUAUUAAGGCUUCUAUACGAGUGUGCGGACCCCACACAUAAUGGGUUUCUUGAAGCUGUAGUAACUGAAAAGGGGAGAAACAGUAAAGGUAAAUCGCAUAGGAGAGACAACCAAAGUUGGGAUGCGCGCGGUUUGGCUUCUUCGUCUAGUACAACGCGGUCUUAUUGUAGUAGAAGUUUUCUGCUUGAAAAUGGAUCACCUCAAUCUCCUUCAAAUAUACCCUCCAUAUAAGCUGCUUUGCUACUUCAAAUUUUGUUCACAAAUGAGUUUUACAUUCAAAAUGUUCAUCUUCAAUGCUUGCAUUAUUAUAUGUACAUCCAUCAGUAUUGACUAUUGAGGAAAA